UCCAAUGGGAAAUGGCAGGGGUGGAGCCGAAACAACCAAUCUGGCCAAUGAUUGGGCGUCAGUUAACUACGCUCACGAUGCCAUGGCAACCGCUAACUUACUCGCCAGUCUUUAACUGACAUUCGUCCAAGUCCGGUGAAACACACGACCGCACAUUCACGCUGCUCAUUUGUUUCACGUGUUUCAACAACCCCUCUGCGACCGAUCUAGCCGACUGACUACCCACUUGCCCGUAUGCGUCGCGCGUUCCAACCGCGUCCGGUGUGUUUGUGUCCGAUGUUCGUUUAGACCCUGCAACCCCCGUCUAUAAUAAAUAAAAAAUCCACACAACCAUGUCCGACCACGAGCUGACGGAAGAGAUGUCCGACCACGAGAUAAACGUCCUGGACACGGACAGCCGACUAUCGCACAGUGACAGUGAGGCGAGGAGCCACUGCUCCAGCCCGGAGAACGUGUCCACGUCGCACAGCUCCACCAACACCACCCUGCCCUUCAGCAUCUCCAACUUGCUGGGGAAGAAUUUCGAACAGAAGCCGGAAUCGGACGCGGGCGCCCUGUACCAGCAUCCCGGCUUCCAGCAGCGGAGCCCGUUGGGCCUGGUGCCGUCCGGGUUCUACGGCCAGGGCGUGCUGAGGGUGCCGGCACACAGGCCGCUGGGCGGGCCCGGCAGUCCCGGUGCCGUGUUCAACCCCUGGAUCAGUCUGGAUCCGGUGCUGCAGCGGUCGGCGGCCGCCGCCGCUUUCGCGUCGCAGGUUGUCAAGGAUAGAUUAGCAGCCAUUUUUCCAAUGACGGACGAUAAUUGUAACCAGUUUCCGAAACUAUCAACGUUCCCGAUGACGAGGCGGAUCGGACACCCGUACCAAAACAGGACGCCGCCGAAACGGAAGAAACCCCGUACGUCGUUCACCCGUCUCCAAAUCGCCGAGCUGGAGAAACGGUUUCACAAACAGAAGUACCUGGCGUCCGCGGAACGGGCGGCGCUCGCCAAAACCCUCAAAAUGACCGACGCCCAGGUGAAAACGUGGUUCCAGAACCGACGGACGAAAUGGAGGCGACAGACGGCGGAAGAAAGGGAGGCGGAGAGACAGGCGGCCAACAGACUGAUGCUGUCCCUGCAGGCGGAGGCCCUGUCCAAAGGUUACAUGAGCGAGGGCCCGCCCCCGGCCCAAGGUCCAGGCGACACCGCCCUAAGUGCCCUUCAGAACCUGCAGCCCUGGGCGGGACCGUACAACGCGCCUCAACCGGCCCUGGCCGAAUCCAUGUGUUGAUCUGUUGAUCCGUUUAUUGAUUUCGAUCAUUUUUGUUUUCUAUUGAUUUGUUGAGCCGCCCGACGGAACACUGGCGUGGGCGGAUGUGUAAAUAGUAAAAGUGUGCAAUACGGUCCGAGUGUGUUGGGACGAUUGAUUAUUGACUUGGAGGAAAACGUUUUCUGUGGAUGCAGGUUCGGUGGAUACUCUUCUUUUUUUUUGGUACGGGCGUCAGAAAGAUUCGUGAUCUCAGAUGCGGCUCUCGUUCGUGUUGGUGCGACACGCGUUUGGGCCUUGCAAAACAAAUUACCGGACUGAUAAUGUAAAUUUACAGGACGGUUAUAUUACAUUAUAUGUUGACAGCGGUAACAACCAUUACAACGAUCGACUAUCCAUUAUCAUACGUGAAAUCUAGCGGUAAUGUCAUAGUAUUAAAUUCACUUUCUGACGUAAAUGUAUUAUUAAAACCGAAAAUGUCAUUACAGAAUUUGUAGUGUGAUCUAUGUAUAAUAAACAUUAUAAUUGUAGAUAAUGAGUUAUUAUUAUAAGCACUAGAAUAUGGCAUUAAAAAAAUAAAAUAUAUGAC